AUGUGUGCUGGGAAGGCCAAUGCGCUACCAAACACGCAUGCGGUACUUCGGGCGACUAUCAUUGUCGAUACUGGAUCUUCAACGACUGCCACCACCACCACGAGCCAUAGCUCAUCCAAGGCAUCAAGCACUUCUACUACGACCGCCGAUUCGAGCACUACCAGUACGACUGCCGAUUCUACCACACUUAUUCCAAGCACAACAUCCGAAACGACGAGCGAUUCCACCUCGACGUCAGAAAGCACCGUAGCUGACACUACGGUACCGGCUGCCGCUGAAAAUUCCUCGUCAGCUACCCCAGUAGCUGGAACUCAGCUGAGCUCGCCACAGCUUGCUGGUAUUGUUGUGGCAAGCGUUGGCGCCGCUGUGUUGGCCAUUGCGGCAAUUGCAGUUGCAGCGUGCUUGAGGCGAAGACGACGAAGAAGCCGAGAACGAGAUAGCGAUACCAAUAGCCUACCUUUCCAAAACGACCCUUCAAAGGGCGAAAAAUACUAUCAGAAUGGGCUAGGAAAUGGGCCCACCGGGCCUGCAGGGUUGAAGAAAAUCCCACCUCCAAGGUUCCCACUCGAAUAUGGGGAUCCUGGAAUAACCCUUCCGACAGACCAGAUUGGGGUGGCAGUUUCCCCAGAGGUAAAGCAAUACGCCAUGCCUACAAACGGGCUACCCGGAAAGCCCAAGUUACGACUAUAUGUUCCACCUGAGCCCGUUGCGAAAGACAUAGCGCAUCCUAUGCCACGAAAAGAAAACGAUUACUACGACCAAGGAGUGCCGAGCCGAGAUAGCGCGAUGACCCAGUUUGAAGAAGACAGCACUCCAUACACUCCUUUUAGCUACGAAGAAGAUAAUACCGUAUAUUACGGUCUCCCGAAUGACGACGCAAAAUCGUCGCUACCAGCCAUCACUCCUGCCACACUUCAAAGGGCGGGUUCUUCCGGAAAUGGUCUAAGGCCACAGGAAGUCCGAAAGCCAGGUCUUAGCUUUUCGAAGCCUCUGCAAUUAGGCACAGCAACGUCCAGUGUAUAUUCAGGGCGAAGUUCGCCACGAGACAGCGCAGCGAAUUACCAAAACAGCCGACAGCCGCAACAGUCGCCAUACCGGUCAUACGCACCAUAUCGACAAGGCUCUCAGCAGGAAGCCGCGGAACUACCAACAGAUUACAAUAACCAAGCAUACGCACCAGAAACCACACUGGUGCCAGCCCCCCUGCGACGAAAAUCCCACGUCAACAACAGACGCAGCGCCGACCUCUCCCCCGUUGUCGAAUCGCCCGUCUCCUACCCCAAGAUUCCCAAAUUAUCACCUACCUUCGCCUACCCGCCGCCGAAGCAGCCAAAUUUCCAGCGUCUGCAGAAUCCGCGGAUGAGUGCGGGGAGUGGAAUGUCAACAGAGAGUACGUCGUCCUCGUUGCUGGAGAAGCGGCGGGGGAAGGAGCAGGCGGAUGCGUUGGUGCUUGGGGGGGUUGAUGGGAGGGCUGCGGGGGGUGGGAAGAAUGGCUGGAGGGUCGUGCCGGGGAGCGGCGGUGGGAAUGGUGGGGGUGAUUCUGGGUGGAGGCCACAGCAGAAUGGGAAUCAACGUUCAUUCAUGAAUUUGCAGGGCGAGCGGGGACAGGUGCCUAUGAGCCCGAGUCCGUGGGAGCUGACGCCGAAGAAGAUGGGGGAUGAUUUGUUUUUGACUGUACGAUAGAGUAGAUGGGAUAUAUAUUACGC